AUUUUUAAAUCUCACUAUUGACCUUGAAAGUCAAAUUGCAUCUCAUAAGCCAAAUAAUGUAUGGCGAUAAUUGUGUCAGUUCAGUGUUUCUGCAUUCGUGUGUCAACGUAGAAAUACACCCCUCUCGGAUGUUACAAGUAUUCAAAAUAUCAGAAAAUUUGCCAGUUUUUCCAUCCAAAGCACUGCGUAAUUCUACCUCUUCGAGCGCAAGAUUCUUUACCAAUGAUUGGCUGGUCGUGGUUGCCGGAAACAAGCUGUUCUUAUGGAAGUAUACAAGAUCUUCAAACGCACAAGUAUGUUGUUUUUCAUCAUAUAUUUAUAGAGGAUAGUCUGUCUAGGAGCCUCGUCAUUGUUCCUGAGAGUUACUUAACUAACAUGAUUUAUUUUCUACCAUUUAUUUCUUAGCCUCAUUCUUCAUGUAUAAGCUUUGACUUGCCUGCUAGUGAUCUUCCACAUAGUGCCUUCUUAGUUGGAUUAAUUUUUCCCCGAACGAUAUGGAGGUAUCACUUCUGCCUACAAGUUGUUUGGCACUUAGUUCUUGUGGUGGUAAUUUGCGCUUGUGGCCUCGAUUGACUCGUAAUUACGUUCAUGUUGAUACUGUACUACCAGCUCCCAUCGGUGGAUUAUAUGGUGACCAAGCGAUCCAUUUAGAGCCUAUUCAUGUGGCUGGCGCAUUUUUGGUUUCCACCCGAACAGGUCAUCUUCUCCUCAUUGAUACUCGCAAUGCUCAGGAUGGUGUGAACACACGUUUACUCACAAGUACAAAUGAUGGUUGCCUGCAUACACAAGGAUUACUAUCUGGAUUGGGUCGUCGUGUAUCAAGCUUCUUCAGUCUGGUUUCUUCAACUCCAAGUACUGGACCAGGGAAAUUCAUACCAGCUCGAGGUGGUGAAAAUUUUGUGUUUCUACGUUUAAUCACAUGUGUACCAUCGUCAGACAGUGAUAAAUGUCUAUGUUUCGCUUUGUAUAAGAGUCAACUGGAUGUAUGGUCAAUUGAUCAAAAUUUAAACUACGAAUUGGUUGGCGCUUAUACUAUUGAGUCACUGGUCGACUCAUCGUUUAAAGAUGAUGAUCUGAACUGGCAAGCUGUUGACUUUGCAAUACAAUCAAAUCGUUAUGCUCCAGCUACUGAUGAAAUUCUAGCCUACAUAAUUAUUAGUCGUGCUGAUGACCACCUAUUGCCGAAAGAACUUCGUCUUCUCACAGUCAAAUUUAAUCAAAUCGAAUCAUCUCUAUGCUUCACAAUUAAUGCUACUGUUAGUGUCGAAUAUCCUUUCUAUGAGAAUAGAUUAUCUACAACAGAUGAAAGAGAUAUCCAAUUUUGUUUACCAACAGAUUUGGCACCUCAGUCGUUGUAUCCAUGUUUGUUAGGUUGUUUAUACUCCCUUCGUGCUGGACAGGUUAUUAUCAUUGAAGUUUUAACUGGUCAGUCAAUUGGAAGAUUACAAUUUUCACCGAAUUCUCCAAAUCAACCACCUAACCCAAAAUCUUUAAUUGCUAUUGGCAAUUCGGAUAUACAUAAUCUGUUUGUCUUUCUAACCUGUCAGUGUGGUCUGCUCAGUCUAACACCAUGCAUGGAUAUUCAAGUUGGCAGUAGUGUCGGUAAUAAUAGCAUGAAUGAAGUGUUGGGCAUACUUCCACCAUCAAGUGGAUCAAUUAUAGAUGGUGAUCAAGUUAGUUUGACAGGUUCAGAAGUUAGUCUGAAUAGAAACAUGAAUAAAUCACGUUCCAGCAUUGCAAGUUACACUACAGCAUCCUCUCAGAAGCAGCAUCAUACUGAACCGGAUUUCUCAAUUAUUGUGCAUACAACUGAUGAUAAACGCCUGAGAGUUAAUGUCAUGUUUACAAUGAAUACAUAUAUUAUAUCAUCAGUUGGUGAAUCACCUGAUAAACCGAUUAAAAUUCAUCCUAUUGAUAGAUUGUUUGUUGCGUUAUCAGAGGUGGCUCGUGUAUUUUGGAUGGGAUUCAAAGAACAAACAGCUAACUAUCUGAAAUGUCUUUUCCAUGAUACAUCUGUUAAAGAGCAUCUUUCAGUAGUAUACUUCCGUCUAGCUAAACGUAUACUAAAUGAACAUCCAGUGUCUGAUGCUCGUUGGCAAUGGUUGAAUACACAGUUGACUGCAUUAGUCAAUUCAAUUCCUGUCUCCAAUCUUGAUUAUCUUGAAUCAGAAGGAUCUUAUGGAUUCCAGUAUAUUGUCCCUGCUAUACACAAUAAUUCUAAUCAUCAUGGAUCUACAGAUACUUUACUAUUGCCUGUAUCUCGUUUAUGUGCACGAUUAGAUGCUUUACAGAAUCUAAAAGAUUUAUGGUUAUUAAUGUACAACUUAUCAUGUGAACAAUCAAGUUGUCUUGGUGUAAAAAUUGUUUCAUCUGUGAAAUUGACUGAUUUGCCUAAGCAUUUAAAUAUUUUAAUAUAUUCUUCAUUAGAUAGUGAAGAUGAUACUGAGAUCAAUUGUAAUGUUUAUUUAAAAAUGAAAACAUCACAGGAAAAUAUGAAAAAUGCUAAAUUUUAUCAUGAAGUUCGUAGUCUCAUGAAUGAACAAUCCUUCACUACAAAUAUUGAUUCAUGUCAUAGUAAUGAUGAUGAUGGUGAUGAUAAUGAUAUUGAUGCUGCUGAUGAAAUACAAACUGUUAUGAACACAUUCCCUAAUUCAAAAUAUGCUUGUUGUUCUCCUGAUUAUGAUCAAUUAGUUGAAGAUUGUGCUAGUCGACUACUUAAAUCAUUAGAUUUCGAUAAUAUAAUUAAAGCAGCUGAUGAUUGCCCAAUGGAUGAUGGCUUAGAUUGGGCUGAAACGCAUGUUUUAUGUGGAUUACAUAUGGCUGGUGAAAUAACUGAAUUUGCAAAAGCUUUACAAAAUAAAUUAGCCAAAGAGCCUCAAUCUUUAUAUCAAUCAGUAUUCAAUGAAGUUGCUAUGAAUGCAGGCUUUACUUCUAGCUACUUACAAGUUAUUAAAUCACAAGAUGCUGCUCUACAAACAGUCACUUUAAUCCCUCAAUUAAUUAAAAGAUUCUGUGAAGUGAUUGAUACACAAAUGUCAUUAGCUACUGUUGUAUUAUCUGAUGAAAUUCAUGAAUUAUCAAUUAAUAUGAAUAGAAAAUUGGAUAGUUUAACAAAUCGAAAUAGUGUUGAAUUUUUGGUACAUGUUUCACGUUUAAUUGAGGCUGGUGUAGCUGAAAUUGUACGAUAUCGGGAAAUACAUCUCCCCAUAUUGCUUAAAACCAUAGAAUCAUACAGUCAAAUAGAUCAAUCGUCUAGAAAAGUUUAUUAUUUACCUUGUUGGCUUACCGAUGAGGAACCAUAUGGCCUUGGAAAUAUCUUGUUAAAACUGUUAAAUCAUCUUGUUAAAGUUGGAUCAAAUAAAUUGGUAUUGGAGACUGAAAGUGGAAAUAACUCAGAACAAACAACUAGUAAUCACCAACUCAUCACUGAUUCUACUAAAUAUGCAAUUGAUUUAAUUCAUAGUAUUUUAAGUAUUGCAAAACAACGUGUCUUUUGGGCUACCAUUAAUUCAUCUUGGGCAUUGUCUUCCAACAAAGAAACUCUUCAAGAUAAUCGACAAACUCAACGUGAUAUCAAAAAUCGUAUACAAGCAAUACAACGUUUAAGGCGAUUAAAACAUUGGUAUGCAAGCUUAAGGGAAUAUCUUAUUUCUAUUGUCGGUGAUCAACUACAUCGACCUGAAUCUGCUUUAGACUUAGCUGAGCAAUUUGUAGAUCGUGAUCAAAUAAUGCGUUGGUGUUAUCUUUUAGAAGUACAAGAUGAACAGUACAGCUUAUCUACUGGUGAUACUGGCACUAGUAGUGGUGGUGAAUUAAGCUCUGUAAAUUUGUUAAACGAAACGGAUCAACGUAAUCGUUUUCAUCAUCAUCGUUUGGCGGUGAUAUUAAAACGUGUAUCCCCUGAAUGGAAACUGCCUGAUUAUGCUCUUCAAUGGUUCCUUUCUCAUGGUGAACGUUCACGAGUACAAUCUCUUUUGGCAUUACUUCAUCGUUCCACUUCUUCAUUGAAUCGAACAUUGAAUUCUACAGAUGUAUAUGUUACUAAUCUCAUUAUGAAUAAUAGCAAUAUGAAUAUUAUUCAACCUCAAAUAGCUAAUAGUUCAAUAGUCAAUGAGUCAAAUAAAUCGAAUAGUUUACUAAUGAAUACACAUCAUCAGUUUCAAUCACGUAUAGACGCUAAUAUGAAUCAUAGUACUUCAAUGAUUGGAGCUACUCCUGUGAUAAAUGAUUCUACUCAGCAUAAAAUUGGUAUUCUGAAUGAUAAUCACAGUGAUCCAGUGGAGAAAUUUCUGCACCGUAAAGAUGUACAAAAUUAUGCAUGGCCUCAUUUAAUGUCUACUGAGCAAUAUGAAAAAGCUGCAAAUAUUCUCUUUGAAGAGGGGUGUAAAGAAUUCCAGUAUUUAGGACGUCGUAAAACUUUAUUCAGUUUAGCUAAGCUCACAUAUUUAGCGUCAAAUCAUUCGAAUUCAACAAUCAACAUGAAUGUAUCGUUGUCAACGCUUGAUAUGAAUCAUAGAGUUCACAAUCCUUACAACAUUAAUAAUAAUAAUAAUACUGAUCAUAAUACAUCACAUAUGGGCUUCAGUCAAAAUCGAGGAAGAUAUGAAAAAGGACACUCAUUCCUUUCAAAAAUUGAUUCCUAUCUAGACUGGAUCUCAUUUCAGGAAUUGAUUGAUUCGAAUCAUAUCAAAUCAGAGUCAAUUUUUGAAACUACCUCAUCGGAUUCCAAUCUACGCUUUAAACGUGUUCUAUCAAUACCAGUAUUGGUUCGUUUAUUUGUUAACUAUGCUGUAUGCUUAAAUGAAACUGUUAAAAGUAAUGAUGAUGAUGAGGAGGAGGAGGAGGAUAAUAAUGAUGCUAAACAACAGUUAUUGCCUGAAAUGAUUAUACAUUUCCGGCGUGCAUUUAUGCUAGUUGAUAUUCUACAGAAUCUAUUGGAUUUAAGACCAAAUGAGGAUUGUCAACAUCCUACGGAGGUACGAGAUGAAUUGCUGCUACAUAUUUGGUGUCAAGCAAUUCGAAUGAAUGAAUGGUCUACUUCUGGUGAAAUACACGAUCCGGUUGAGAUUUGUACACGAAGUUUCAUAUGUGCGCUUGUAUCGGAUCUUUAUAAAAGUGGUGUAGAUGUAAUUUCUUUACUUCCAAGCCCAGAACAGUUGUUGGCAGCGGAUGAAUUGGCAGAUUUAGUCAAAGAUCCUCAAUUUCAUUAUCUUAUUGAGUCUGGAUUUGAACAUAUGCGAAAUCUGUUGACAACACCGAAGUGUACAUUAGAUACUGUAAAGACAGAUGUAUGUGUAUAAUUGGCAUUAUUUGUAUUUAUAUAUUCAAGAUAUUUUUGAUCAAUAAAAUCUUUGUAUAACA